AGGUUUGAAUCAUACUAAAUUAUUUAUUGCGAUCCCGAUUAAUACUAUUAUUAAAGAGGUUCAUUUGAAAGAACAAACUUUAUGUUCUAAGGUUCUAUGUUAUAUUAAUCAUUAUUUAUUCUAUAAUUAUAACACUUAAACUCUUUAGCAUCAUGCUCAAGGCUUGAAACAUUUCACUCCAUUUUUUUUUUCCUAUAUAUUUUUCCCCGUCAAGUUACCAAUUUAUUUUUCGCAGCCCACUAUUUAGAAGCAGAAGAGAGUUUCAAAGCAUGGCAAGAAUACAGGUAAAACUUGAGCAUUAUGUUAUGUUAAUACAUAGAAUGUAAAUAGUCUUGCUUCUAAUUUAGAUAGAUAUUGUUUAUACCAAAAAUAUAAAACUUUGAUUUUCUAUACUCAAAGAUUGAAUUAAAACUAACCAAAUAGUACAAUGUCCCUCUAUACCGGAUAUGACUCAACUUUAAGAAGGACUAAAAGCAGUUCUGACAUGCCUAGAAAGUUUUCCCCAUCCUACUUUGGUAACACAGAAGUCAGAAAAAGAUCAGAAAGUACAGUCGGUUAUUUUUAUUACUUUUCAAACAAUCUGGUAAAUCCUAACCCAGCAGCUAUUCAUAUCGAAUCCGAAAAGAAUAGUCUGGAGGAAUCUGAAAUUACAAAACCAAUCUGUACCAGAGAUGACCCAAGGUUGAGAAGGACUAAAAGCUGCUCUGAUAUUCGUAGAAACGUUUACCCGUUAGCUUUUGGCAAGACGCAAGUCAGAAAAAGAUCAGAAAGUACAAUCGGUUAUUUUAAUUAUCUUUCAAACAAUCAAGUAAAUUCAAACUCGGUAGCUAUUAAUAUCGAAUCGGAAAAGAAUAUUCUGGUAUCUGAAGUUCCAAAAUCAAGAUCAAAGAGGUCAAAAAAGAGAAAAUCCAAAAGUAAGAAUAAUAAACAGACUAAUAAAGAUCAAGAAAUUUCCGAAAAAGAUGAACAGAAGUCCGAAAAGGUGGUGGACUUUGAUUUUGAAGAUGAUAUUCCAUAUAUUGAUGAAAGCCAGUUCACAAACAAGAUAAAGAAGAGAAAGAGGAAGCCAAAACCAGAACGAAAACUAGAACAAGAGUUAAAAAGAAUCGAAACAAAUAAAAGGAUCUAUGAAGCAAGAUCAAGAACUUUAAGAGAUAGGCAAGGUAGAGACGAGAAAGCUUCUAUCGAUUUAGAAGAAGAGAAUCCUAUUUCAAAAAGAGCUUGGAAAAGAAAGAGGUAUAGAGCCAACUGUGAGUUGAAACAAGAUAUCGUGGAAGAGAAGGACGAAGUUGUAGAUGAAGUUGUAGACGAACCCCUUACCAAAAGGCAAUUAAAGAGAUUAAGGUAUAAAGCUAAUACCGAGGCCAAGGAAACAGCUAAAAAUAAUGUGAAAUCUACGAAGAAAUCACUAGAGUACAAAGGUUUGCUGGCUCACAAAGAACGCAAAAGAAGACCCAAGUCUUUGAAAGCCAUUGCUUCUAAUAUAAAACUAGAAGAAAGCAAUUUCUUAUUAAAGGUUCCUGAUUUUGUAAAGCUUGUGUCUGUUGUUGGUUUGAUUAUGCUUACAAUAAAUUUCAACAGGGUCUCAUUAUUUCUUACAAAUAUCUAAAAAUAAAUUAUUUUGUUAAACAAUCUAUAAA